AUGCAUGCCGCAUUGAAUGUUAAAACGAUCGACUUUGACGAUGCCGACUUUGAUCUCGAUGACAUCGAUCUGAACCCGGGAAACACCAUCAAAGCCAAAUCCCUGUCACUCUCCCAACCGGACGUCAACUCCACUCCGAGAGCUCCGAGAGUAGGCAACUCAUCACUCAUGAAGACAAUCCCCGCCACCGUCAUGGGCACCGGCCCGGCCGGCAUCGGAACCAUCACGAAACUAGGAAGUAGCUCGAAGGCGCCUGUCAGUCCAGCGUCGAAACUUCCUAUGGGCGCGGUUAAGGCGCGCGCCAGGGCCAUUGAGCAGGGUUGGGAGGACGACGUCGACUUUGACAGUGGAGUCAGCGCGGCUGCCGACCUGAGAUCCAAGCUGCACAACCUUUCUUCAGCCGCCAAGCACUUCCCAGGGGUCAAUGCCCUGGACGAUCUCGAUGACGACGAGGACCAGGACACGUUAAAGGCGGGCGCGACCCUCAAGGCCAUGUUGCCUCCGAAACGCGAACGCGACGCGCAAGCCACGAUCAAACUGAGCUCGAGCACGGGUCUGAGCAACACCGGGAGCGGUAGCGACACCCUGAAACCAACUUCGGCACUGGCUAAGAGCUUGAGGGAGGAGGAUGACCUGGAGGGCGAUCUCGUUUUGCCUCUGAGCUUGACCAACCUGACUCUUGCGACUCAGUCCUCGCAACCCAAGCUGCGAGCACGAAGCUCCAUCGCUUCGACAAUCACGACCGACUGGGACUCGCCCUCGACACCGAGCACCUCGGGCCGCAAGACCUUCAUGUUCGACGACAGUCCGGGGGCCCGCCCAUCUGACACAUCGCUCACGAGCGUUUCGUCGAACGGGCUUGAGCACAGCAAAAAGUCGCCAGAAGACUUUUUGGAUGAGGAAGAAGACUUUGAGUCCGGACUCGUACUCCCGGAGCAGCUGUUUCAAAAGAAGGGCAGCGUGCUGAAUUCGAUCUUGAAUCGCAAACGUCGACAGCAAUACGUGCCUCCGCCUCCGACGCAUGACUUUGAGGAAGGGUUGGUGCUCGAAGAUCCCCGAGCGGACCUGUCGAAGCGACGGCUGAAGGAAAGCCGCCGUGCCCGCACUGUUCCCGUUCCCUUCAAUUUGAGCACGACAAAACGCGCCGAGCACAAGGAACUGCGUGACCCGCUCGAGGUUCCGCGACCACCUUCAAAAUCGCCAGCCUCCAGCAUCUCACGAGGCAGCAACCCUCACCGCGAUCGCUCUAAGCCACGCCCCACCUCCCCGCACGUACCACUUUCGCGGGCCUCCAGCAGGACGCGACUCAGCGACAUUCCCAUUCCACCGAUGCCGCCCUCGGUGCCAAGCACGCCCUCACGCCUGCGACAACAGAAAUCGUACCACCACCUGCAGCCUAGCGUGUCUCCGACGUUGGUUCGCAAAAAGUCCCUGGCUAGCAUGCAGGACGCACUUGCUGCAGGACACGUCCGUGAAGCGGAUCUGCCGUCGAUCAGCCGAUUGACGCAGCCGACGUCCAGCUCCCUCGCGAAGCAGCGCCUCCCUCAUCGACGUAAGAUGGAAAUGCCGAAACGGCGGCAGUGGGGCGACGGCAGCGAGCUGGACUCGAUCGAGGACCUUGUCGACACGAGUGCGCCGCCCGCCCCUGCUUACGGACGCCUUGGUAGGCGGAGUCAUGAGAAGCUUCCGAAGGGUGUCGAGGCCGGAGAACGCAAAAAGUCUGGCAAGCGUCGACCGCGAAAGCCUGCGAUGCUCAUCAAAAACCUCGGCAGCGUCAACGAGCGCAAGGUCGUUGGCGACAUGGUGUGGAACCCCGCUACACUGCGAUGGGAGGGUAACGAGGCGAUCUUGCGCGAUUUCGAUGUUGUGGCAUCCUCUCGCCCUGCUCUGAUCUCGCACAUCCCCACGCACAACUCGCCCAUGAAGAUUGUGGGCGACAUGAAGUUUGACCCAGUACAGAUGUGCUGGAUCUCUCUCACUGAGGAGGAAGAUCCUUUCGCUUCAAUGGCCGAUGACGAGGACGAGCCGUCAACAUUACGCAUCAGUGGGAAGAAGCUCGUUAGUAUCGGGCUGUCGUCCAUCCCCUCCGCUACGACCGCUCAGACCCCGCAAUCGCGAUUCGUCUCCGAGUCUACCACCAUCAGCACGCACAGCUGGGAAGACCGCACGCGCCCCAACGCCCACAACGCCAUCAGCACGGAGCUCUGGAACGAGUGCCGCGCCGCCGAGGAGCGACAUCGCCGCGAGAUGCGCGGAUGGGUCACGCGGCCUGGAGACUCGAGAGACCGGGAUAGAAGAGAAGAAAAGCGAUUAUGGGAGGUGAGGAACCUGGCUAUGCGCAGCUAG